ACAAUAUGGCCACAGGAGCAGAUGUCCGGGAUAUAUUGGAACUGGGGGGCACAGAGAACGAGAACAUAGGAACUAUAAAUAAAAAAGACAUCAUCAAUUCCGAUAAGAAAAAAUCCAAAAAGUCUUCGGAGACCCUGACCUUUAAGAGGCCGGAAGGAAUGCACCGGGAGGUCUAUGCCCUGCUGUACUCGGAUAAAAAGGAUGCACCUCCUUUGCUGCCAAGCGACACGACGCAGGGCUACCGCACAGUCAAGGCAAAGCUGGGCUCCAAGAAGGUGCGCCCUUGGAAGUGGAUGCCCUUCACCAACCCUGCUAGGAAGGAUGGAGCUAUGUUCUACCACUGGAGGAGGGCAGCGGAAGAGGGCAAGGACUACCCCUUUGCCAGAUUCAACAAAGCAGUACAAGUUCCUGUUUAUUCAGAGCAGGAAUAUCAGAUGUACCUUCAUGACGAUGCCUGGACCAAAGCUGAAACUGACCACCUCUUUGACUUGUCACGCCGUUUUGAUCUUCGCUUCGUGGUCAUUCAUGAUCGCUAUGACCACCAGCAGUUCAAGAAACGGUCAGUGGAAGAUUUAAAAGAGCGCUAUUAUCACAUCUGUGCCAAGCUGGCCAAUGUUCGGGCUGCUCCAGGCACUGAUCUGAAAAUCCCUGUGUUUGAUGCUGGCCAUGAAAGGCGCAGGAAGGAACAGCUGGAGAGGCUAUAUAACCGGACGCCGGAACAGGUGGCAGAAGAGGAAUAUCUAAUCCAAGAGUUGCGAAAAAUCGAAGCCAGGAAGAAGGAGAGGGAGAAGCGAACGCAGGACUUGCAGAAACUCAUUACGGCUGCCGACACAACCACUGAACAAAGGCGCGCGGAGCGCAAGGCACCCAAGAAGAAGCUGCCACAGAAGAAAGAGACAGAGAAGCCUGCUGUCCCAGAGACUGCUGGCAUCAAGUUUCCGGAUUUCAAGUCUGCAGGUGUCACACUGCGGAGUCAGAGGAUGAAACUGCCGAGCUCCGUGGGACAGAAGAAGAUUAAAGCCUUGGAGCAGAUGCUGAUGGAACUCGGAGUAGACCUAAACCCAAUGCCGACAGAAGAGAUUGUCCAGAUGUUCAACGAGUUGCGCAGCGACCUGGUGCUGCUUUAUGAGCUCAAGCAAGCCUUUGCGAACUGCGAGUACGAGCUGCAGAUGCUGCGGCACCGCUACGAGGCGCUGGCCAAAGCAGGGGGCACGGGGCCCAGUGCUGAGGGUGGCUCCCAUGCCGACGGGCAGCCAGGCCCCUGUGCAGACGAGGGCAAGAGCGACCUCAAGGAUCAGAUCAUCGAUGUGGUGGGGGCACCUCUCACACCCAAUUCGAGAAAACGCAGAGAAUCUGCUUCCAGCUCUUCUUCUGUCAAAAAGGUGAAGAAGCCUUGAGUCACGUAAGGUCCC